GUUUCACUUCGGAAAUAAAAAAAUUGAAAUUUGAUUUUACUUAUGAAUCCCAUUUCUUCACCUCUCUUUCUUCCACCCCUUGCAGUGUCUUUGAGGCUGUGGUCCAUUUAUUUAAGGGCAGUGUCGGAGCUGGUCUCUUUGCCAUGGGUGAUUGCUUUAAAAAUGGUGGCCUCUUCGGGGCCACAAUUCUAAUGCCCAUCAUUGCUGUGAUCUGUGUCCAUUGUGAACAAAUGCUAAUCACCGGUUCGAUGUUGGCUGUGGAACGAAAUAAAUCCGCAACAUUCUAUGAUUAUCCCGAUACCAUAGAGAAAUGUUUUGAAGCCGGGCCGAAACCUUUCCGUCGCCUUGCGAAAAUAAUGAAAUUUAUUGUGGAGAUGUUUUUGUGUAUUACCCAGUUUGGAUUUUGUUCGAUAUAUUUUGUGUUCAUUACGGAGAAUAUGCAUCAGAUCCUUCAAAGUUAUGGCAUUGACAUCAGCAUGAGCAUGACAAUGUUAAUAUGUCUAUUGCCCGCGAUGAUCCCCUCGCUGAUGACCAAUUUGAAAUAUAUCUCUCCCGUAUCGGCCUUUGCCAGUUUCGCCUUACUUUUCGGUUUAGUGACCACGCUCAGUUUAGCCUUCUUAGAUGGUCCAAUGCCAUCGAUAACUGAGAGGCAUUAUUUUACCUUUGGUCCAGAGUUGUCAUUAUUCUUUGGAACGGCUCUAUUUUCAUUUGAAGGCAUUGCUUUGAUUUUACCCAUUCGCAAUUCGAUGAAGGAUCCAAAGAAAUUUAAUCAACGUUUUGGUGUUUUGAAUAUUUCAAUGCUCAUUAUUACCCUGCUGUUCGUGUUCACCGGCUUUGUCAGCUAUACCAAA